CUAGUAUUGCCAGUCCAGGCUGAGGUCUCUUUUGCUCAGCUCUCACUUACAGGUGAAGAUGUAGAUUAAAACACAACCAAGAUGGUUGACAAUUGUAAACAUGUGAUAAAGGUCAACCCUGCCAGGGACCACUCAAUCUUGAACCCUCAGAAAUGGCUUUGUAAUGUCUGUGGUACCACUGAAAGUGUUUGGGCUUGCUUGAGCUGUCCCCAUGUUGCUUGUGGACGCUACAAUGAGGAGCAUGCUUUAAACCAUUUCCUUGAUUCAAAACAUCCUCUUGCUCUGGAAGUGAAUGACAAAUAUGUCUUCUGCUAUGAAUGUGAUGAAUAUGUGCUCAAUGACAAUGCGGCUGGAGACAUUCGUCUUCUCCGGAGUGCGCUUAGUGCAAUAGCAACACAGACGUUCACAGAUUUAGAAUCACGAGGGAAGCGCAUUCUGAGGUCUCGGACAUUCUCAGGGUUCCCCAGUAGGUCUGCUAGUGCUAAUCAUCUGAUCAAUCAAGAUAAGAGUUAUACUGCUCUGUUGCACAGAAGGCUUCGUUUGCUUGGCCGAGCAUUCUACACCUGGCGCGACAAUGUGUGGAAGAAUCGCCCCCCGCCGCUACCAAAACCCAAGCCUCCACCGCAGGCACCUCCACCACCCAAGCCCACCCCGCCGCCCAAAAUGUCGACGCCAAGUGCAACCAUCAGCAGAAAGAAAAAGACCAUGAUACCAGGCGUUGUUGGUUUGAGGAAUCUAGGAAAUACAUGCUACAUGAAUGCAAUUUUACAAGUAUUAAGUUUUUCUUUCAGUUCGAUGGACGAAUUCCGCCAACAUUUUCUCAACUCUGAGUCUCCUGUGCCCAUAUCUAGUCGCCGAAGUUCGUCAGCAUCUGCUACACCUACAAGUCCAACCACCGUACGACAGUCGCCACGACUUCUGCAGAGACAGACAACAAUGGAAUGCUUUGAUCAAGUUAUUUCCCCGCUGGAAGGCUGCAUACACAAGAAGGGAGGCUUGAAUGGUGGUGGCUCUGGUCAGAGUAAAGCGGUGCAGUUGGCCAAGUUACGUCAAGGUGGAGUGCAGUCGCUGAGUCAUGAACUCCACGCCUUGUUCAGAGUGAUGUGGUCAGGCAAGUGGGGCAUUGUCAGUCCACAUUCAAUGCUGCAUGCAGUAUGGAACAUCAUACCUUUCUUCAAGGGAUAUUCACAGCAGGAUGCACAAGAGUUUUUAACAGAACUGCUAGACAAAGUUGAAAAUGAGAUGCAGAAUGCGAAAUCUGCACAGAGCCGGCGGCUACUUAAACUAGCCAACAACCUCGUGACAUCGACCUUCCAGGGACAACUUGUGAGCCAGGUGAAGUGCCUAGCAUGCAAAAACCUCAGUAAUACUUAUGAGCCGUUUUGUGAUCUGUCGCUGGAGUUUCCUGAUCGCUACCAGAUUUCAGGGACGUACAAGAUCGUAUCACAGGAAAGUUGCAAUUUGACUGAAAUGUUGGCCAAGUUUACUGAAGUUGAAAAGCUUGAAGGAAGAAUCUAUGCAUGUGAGAACUGCAACAGCAAGAGAAGACGAGCAUCCCACAAACCAGUCGUACGAACUGAAGCGGAGAAGACAUUCAUGAUAAACAAACUCCCAAAGGUUUUGCGAUUGCAUCUCAAGCGGUUCAGGUAUGUGCAAUUUGGGUUGCAUCUUCCCACCCGGUCCAGAAGGUGGUCGGGAAGAAACCACAGAGAGAAAAUUAACACCCAUGUUGACUUCGGCGAGGAGCUUGAUCUAAGUCCUUUCUGUUCGGCUGCAGAGGAAGGGCCGUUUCUCUACCAACUGUCUGCCGUGGUGAUCCACCAUGGGAGAGGGUUCAGCUCGGGGCACUAUACUGCAUUCUGCUGGAAUGAUGAAGCUGGUUCCUGGGUCCAUUGUAAUGAUGCACGAGUGGAGUCGUGUAAAAUCAAGGAAGUGACGAAGAGCCAAGCAUACAUCCUACUCUACACGAGAAAGAACGAGUCGGUCCAGUUCGAGGAGAUCGCACAGGCACUGAAUGCUGCCCCAGCUGACGAUUCAGGUGACGAGAUCAUUCUCAAUAUCAAAAGUGAGGAGAAUGAACAAACUGAGGUCGUCCAGAACGUCUUGUCAAAGAUGUGUAGCGUGAAUGAGGACAGUGUCAACAGUGGAGCAUCAGGGCUUCAGCGUUGUAUUUCUUUGGCAACUGAUGGCGUUAUGACGACUGGCGAGAUGCUGGGGAGACUGAUCGAAAACUCUGAUGAGUUUGUCAAGUCUAGCAACAGUGAAGUUGAUAUGGUCGGUGACCGGGAACCAUUCGCUGUGAAUAUGUUAAUGAACCCAGGGAAAACUAUUCCAGAUUUUGUGGAAGACAGGCCUGUUCUUUUGGUUGGGGGCAUAGGAAGCGUUGAAACCCCAGACAAAGUGGCUGUCUCAGACUUUUCUGCAGCCACCCCAGAGAAGUUAGAAAGAAUGGAGACUAGAAACUCCUCCCCUGCCCAGGGUCUUGGAGAGAAAGAGCUCUUGGCAACCCCUCAGGAGGAAGACGCGUCACCGUCAAAGACUAAUCCGACUUCUGACCAAGUUUUGAAAACAGUUCAUGUUGAAUCAGUCAGUUUGUCUGAAACUUCAGGAGAUUUAUCAUGUGAGAUGCCUAGCUCAGCCAUGUCUGAGAAAACGGUGAAUUCACCAGAAAUACUUGUGAAGUCACCUGAAAAACAUGUUAACUUGGCUGACAUAUAUGUGAGAUCACCAGAAAAACUUGUGGUAACAUCAGAAAGACCUGUCGAAUCACUGGUUACCGCUGUAGUUAUGAAUAAUGAACCUCUAACGCCACCACUAGAAAACUGUUCAGUCACACAAGAAAACAUUGUAAACUCACCUGAAAAAUUGUUAGAGUCACCAUGUAAUGUUUUAGUAGCACAUCAAGUAUUCGUUAAACCACCAAACGCACCGGAAAACAUGGUAAAAUCACCAGAAAAGUUUAAAAAGGCAGUAGAAAAGACUAUUUCACCAUUGAAACUAUCAGAGACACCAGAAAAAUUGUCUGAAAAGAUUACACGAUCUCCCACCAAGGCCACAAAGCUAAAUGAAACAACUGUGAUGUAUCCAGAAUGUUCCACCAGGACAAGAAAACGGACCAGUAGUCAAAGUGAUUCAGAGUGUGAUGGGCAUGUUCCGUCAUCGCCGAGGUCUCGGGUGGGACGUCUUCCAUCUUCCUGGCUCCGAAAACGUUCUGCCGAGGCAGAGGAUUUGCCAGAAAGACCUUACAAGCGUUGUAGGACAACAACUUUGUAGCACCAACGAUUAGCUGUCACUUCUGUGGCUCUAUUUUUAUAGUGAAUGCUAUCAACAGCGUUCAGAAUCAAAGAUGCCACAUCCAUUGUACCACAAGGGAGCUCAGUGUUCAGAUGGGGGAUUUUCAAGGUUUUGCUGGCUACUUAAACUUGCAAAGCCAAACCCACUGUGUUUGUCUUGAGUGUGGGAGAUGGGAACAUCUUGGUACUACUGGGAAAAUACUGAUUAACUUUGAUACAUCCUGUACAUGUGGCAGGUUUCUAAUGUGCUACAAAUUGUAUGAAGAUUGCUGUAUUUUUGGCCACUUAUGAGAGUGCACUAAAAACUUGCAGGCGCUAGAUAUUUGUGUAGUUGACAUAUUUUUGUUGCUGAGUGGAUGAUUUUAGUGUCGAUGGUUUGUGUAUUGGAGUGAGUUUGAUUAAGACUUACUUGAAAUCGCGGCUUUCAGAGGGGAUGAAUUCGAUUGGCAGAACUAGAACAUUUCGCACUCUACCAAUUGUAAAACUGUCUACUCUUGUGUGUGUUUGUGCGGGGGUCUCGAAAAAUCUUUCUUUACAUAUUGGGAAUGUCUGAUCAAAUCUUGGUUAUUUAAAAGAUGUGCAAACUUUGUAGAUAGUUGCAACAAGAAGGGGUUUGUGAUCCCCCUAUCACAUGCUGCUAUCUGCUCUCUUAGUCAUUGGCAAUAGAAUGUGUGUCUAUACGCCGCAGAAUUUUGUGUGUAUCUCUGAACAUUUCAAGGAGUUCAAGUGGCCUGGCUUGCAUAAUUGAGGUGACUGCUUGAAAUCUAUUUGGACCAUUAGCAUGGAUUAUGUUUUUGAUGAUAGAUGUCAUUUCUAAUAAUUUGCAGCAAAGAUUUCACAAAUUCAAGUUGGUUUCAAAUUGGUUUGGAUAAAAAUUGUAGCUCCCAUUGUACUUAGUUACUUUGUUAUCAUUAGAUGACCCUUAUUUUGUGUGACCUCUAUUUAUUAUUGUCGACUGUAAACCUAUUGACCAGGUGGCUUUGGGAACCACCAAGCUUGUCUUUACUUAAGUGGGUACAGCAAAAACAGACAUUGUGUGUGUGAAUCCCCCUGUGCUGAUUUGGAUGUCAUGUAGUGUCAUUAAUUAAUUUGGAAGUCGUUUGGAGUUGAUACACAAGUGUUGAUUUCAAGUCACUCAAAUCGGCUUCAAGCAUGUAACUUGUACAAUAAAAACAUUUUUGUAACCUAAAAACUUGGUUGUUGAUGUGUCAUGCUGCUUUAA